GCAGGAGCUGGGCCGGCGGCAGCGGCACGACCAGAGGCAGGCUUCCGACCCGACAUUUCGGGGCCCAGAGUGACGACACUAGGCCAAGGACGAGCCGGGAGCGCGACCGCAGCUCCCCACGUCCGCGGGCGCGAGCACGUUACGACCCUGCCGUGCGCCGGGGCGGGAGGCGGAGUCUCAGCCGCACAAAUGGGACCGAGGGGGCGGGGCGGCUGCGAUUUCGCGCCAAACUCGGUGGGGACUCCCGGCGCGGCGAGGUGCGCCGUGGUGUUCGUACCUGCUGCCAUGGUUCGUCCACUGAACUGCAUCGUCGCUGUAUCCCAAAACAUGGGCAUCGGCAAGAACGGGGACCUGCCCUGGCCCCCGCUCAGGAAUGAAUUCAAGUAUUUCCAAAGAAUGACUACAACGCCAUCAGUAGAAGGUAAACAGAAUUUGGUGAUUAUGGGUAGGAAGACAUGGUUCUCGAUUCCUGAGAAGAACCGACCUUUAAAGGACAGAAUUAAUAUAGUUCUCAGUAGAGACCUGAAGGAACCUCCACAAGGAGCUCAUUUUCUUGCCAAAAGUCUGGAUGAUGCCUUAAAACUUAUUGACCAACCAGAGUUAGCAGAUAAAGUGGACAUGGUUUGGGUAGUGGGAGGCAGUUCUGUUUAUAAGGAAGCCAUGAACAGGCCAGGCCAUCUCAGACUAUUUGUGACAAGGAUUAUGCAGGAAUUUGAAAGUGACACAUUUUUUCCAGAAAUUGAUUUGGAGAAAUAUAAACUUCUCCCAGAAUACCCAGGUGUUCUUUCUGAUGUCCAGGAGGAGAAAGGCAUUAAAUAUAAAUUUGAAGUAUAUGAGAAGAACAAUUAAUAUGAAGGUGUUUUCUGACUUAUGUCAAGUUAGUUUUUCCCCUUCCCCUCCAAUUAUAUAUUUUUUAAUAUUAGAAAAAAAAGACUUUUGUUGACUUUAGGUCAAUGGGUAAUUAUUUCAAAGCAAUGAGAUUUUAUAAGUUAAUCUUAGUAAGACUAUAGGUAAGAUUAGUCUUAACUAGACCAUAUCAGAUAACCAUUUGUGAAACAUUUUUUGCUAUAGCUGUAUGAUACCCAUCAAGGACCAGCAUCUGCCUAUGGUAGCGUAUCUUUUGAAAACCAAAGUGAGAAAAUCACGAGAGCAGGACUUGAAACCAGGAUCUAUGGAGACAGAACCAGACAGAUCUGUCCAAAGGUCAGACAUGGUUAUAAACACAAGAGCUAGAACUCAGAUAUUAAAAGAAAAUUAAAUCAAAAUAGCGACUUUGAAUUCUCUAUGCAUUUCACUCUUCUCAAAAAAAGUUCUGUUCACUCAGGUAGGCAGUCAGUAAGUUGAGGGAACUCUGGUAUAUUCCAUUGGGAUAGUAAAGAGGCAGGUAGGACACUACCUUUUUGAAGGUUAAAUGAAAAGAUCUGAGACCUCUAAAAACUUAUUUCUGAUCUUUAGUGAGAUUCCAUGGAUGUUACAUUGAUAGAAUACAGUUGUUCUUUACAAAAAAGAGUGUUCUAAACAAGCAUAUGGCUAAAAUUAGAAAUUGAAAAGAUAAUGAAACUAUAUAAUGCUAGAUACCAAAAUUAUGAAGUUGGAAACGAAAAAACUUCACUGAAUUAAAAAGUGAAAAUUAAAACUCGGUUUCCUAUAACGUUAGUAAAGAUUUGGAUCCUUAGGUAUCCAAGGAAAGAGUAUUUUUUGCCUUGUAAAUUAAUACAACUUUUUUAGAGUUUAAGUUAACAAUAUCAAUUAAAAUUAAAAAUAUUCUGGGUUUGAA